GCCGCCGCCACCUCAGCCGCGCUCGGUCCCGAGCGACGCUCGCCCUCCGCCGCCUUCCUUCUGCCGCCCGGCGCUGACGGUCCCGCACGCCCGCCGCCACAGCCGGCGCGCCCGAGUGUCUAUUAUGCCCACAUGCACAGGAACUCAGGAGAUGAUGAGCCAUUAAUGUAGAAUAUGAUCUAUCUCUAAAGAAAGAGGCUCACUGGCCCAUUCAUCAAACUUAAGAGAUGUUGAAAAUUAAACAUCCCCAGUUCAUCCAUGAGCUCGGAUUUCCCACAUUACAACUUCAGGAUGCCUAAUAUUGGAUUCCAGAAUCUGCCUCUCAACAUAUAUAUUGUGGUCUUUGGCACUGCAAUAUUUGUCUUCAUCCUUAGUUUACUCUUCUGUUGCUACUUGAUUAGGCUAAGACAUCAAGCUCAUAAAGAAUUUUAUGCCUACAAACAGGUUAUAUUAAAAGAGAAAGUAAAAGAGCUGAAUUUACAUGAGCUCUGUGCAGUGUGUCUAGAAGACUUCAAGCCUCGAGAUGAGUUGGGCAUUUGUCCAUGUAAGCAUGCCUUCCACAGAAAGUGCCUUAUUAAGUGGCUGGAGGUUCGGAAGGUGUGUCCACUGUGCAACAUGCCAGUUCUGCAGCUGGCCCAGCUGCACAGUAAGCAGGACCGUGGACCACCACAGGGGCCCCUGCCUGGGGCAGAGAACAUUGUAUAGCUCCCCCAAGGAUCAAACUGCUGCGGGAUCCGAUGUCCAUGUGGAGUCAGGAGGAACACAAGCGGUCUCUGUGUUGGCUGCUCUACCUGGGGCACCAGCUGCCACUUCCUUGCCUCAUGAAGAACUCGGGCCAGCUAAGCUGGGAACCCAGACUUCUGGGUCUUGUGACAACCAAAGCACGCUGACACUACCCCAUGCCAAGAGAAGAGGAGCAGAUGAUGAAUGAGCCUUCAGGUUAUGUUCAAGAAAUUUCACGAGGGUCUCUUGCUGACGCCAUUACUCUGUCUCCCAGAUACUUAUCUCCGUAUCAAGGUGAAUCUUUAUCAAGCAGAAGGGAAGAUAAACAGAACUGUUAGAGAAGGGAACUGAGAGCAGGUCUUUAAAGCCACCCCCACCCCCCACCUUGUGGACAGAUGAGCUUCUAUGCAGACCAUGCAUGCCUUUGCAGCAGCAGACCCUCCUGGCAGGCCCUGAGCCAAGUAAAACCAGCAGUUACCUCAGCUGAAGCACGACUGGUUGCCAGUAAUUGGUGAGGCAGUGCCAACAAGGCUUUUCACAUUAUGUUCCUUUGAUAAGGUCAUCUUGGAACCCAAGGGCUUUGGUUACCAGAGCAGCAGUGCCCCUCGCCACCCCUUUUCCCUCAAGUUCACAACACUUGCUUAUCAAAUCAUCUAAGAACAUUAGAUGUGCUCAGAAAGGCCUGGUCAGAAGCCAUUUCCUCUUAUUUACCCCCGUGACUCCCCAAUGAGCCCCAGCCAAGCUGCCCAUGAGGAGCCCCAGCCAGGCAGGGUUGGGCCUCUGAGCCCAUGCUGUCCCUGUGACCCAGGGGACCUCAGAGUGCCACCCAUGCCCCCAUGUACACAGCGUGGUUCCAGAGCAGCUGCUAGUCUCAGCCCACUGCCUUGGUAAGGAGCUGCUGUGAGCCCCUCAUAGGGCUCCCAAAGGGAGCUCCUUCCUGAGAACGACUAGUCUUCCCAGCCCUGCUGAGAUGGGAGGAUGCUGACCCCCUUGCCUCGCCCCCUCCUUCCCUGUUUUCUUCCCUCUUACCCUGUUUCUACUUUAGAGAAAAUGCCUGUCGUGACUUUCUAACAAUUUAAAGCAUCUGAAAUAAGAUCCUUAUGUAAUUCUGAAACCAGGGAUCCCCUUGAAAUUGUAAAUAGUGUCAGGAAGCUCCUGCAGGGUUCACCCGCUGGUGUGUGCCUCACUAUUCAGACUUGGAGAGGAGUAAUUGAAAGUGUCUUUAUAGGAGAGAAGCAAACACAUGCUGCUCUUUGGCUUUCUGUCCAAUGUUUCUAGAAAUGACUCCAUCUGUUUGGAUUCAUGAAUACUGUACAAAUUAGCUAUCGGAAGUGGCUUUAGGUCAGCUAGAACGUUCUUUUCCACAGCCCUGCUUUCUACCUCCACCUGUCAAGGGUGGACUCCUAGUCAACAGCUUUGCCUCUGCUCCAUGCCCCAGGGGUGAGUGGGAAUGUCUCAUUGGAAAUGUGGUCUGCAUGGUAUGGAGAGAGGAUGGAAGAAGCUUUGCUAUUCUAUUCACGGCAUGUCUCCAGGGAUUUUUCCUGGAAUCCGUCUUAGAAUGGGAGAGGAAACCUGUCCUUGGCUCAGGUGCCUGGGGUCAGAGGAGGAAAAUCCCCCACGAGCCUAGGAAAGUGCUGGGCAGAAUCCAGCUUGGAAAAUUACAAAUCCAGUUGGUCAGCAUUGGCGGUUUCCUCCAUGUGACCUAUUCAUGGCACGCCAACUGGCUGCUGCUUAAACAGGGCAAAGGAAGUGUGGGUAUCUUUAUAUGAAAGCCUUAGCCUGUUGGGCAUCCUUGAAGAGAACCUUUCGUGCGCUACCUUCACCAUUUCUGGGUUCUGUGUUGGUAGCACGAUGGAGUUGAAUUCUGCAAAGCACCCAGUUUACAGUGAAAGGUUUCCAGUGACCAAUGUGAGAAAUAAGCCUGCUUCUGGAGUAGCCUCAUUAGUGGCCAACACCAUUUCCCAUGGAAUGGCCCUGGGACAAAUCUCACCUUGUCGUUAUGGGGUUCAAACAGUAAAGAGAAUUUCUCCCCUCAAAGGAGGAAUUCUCGUGCUUUAAUCUGCAAAUGAUUUCAGCUCACAGUUUCAGCAGGAUUAUUACCGAUUGGUUGCAGCCUUUUCCUAUUCCUGUGCAUCAGUAUGAGGAGACCGCCCCACAAGUCUCUGAAUGUGUAGGGAGGUAUGAGGAGUUUGUUUCCCUGUAUCCCAGGAAGCCAAAGUCGACAUAGUGCAUAGUUCCGGCUGGCCGUUUGAGAAAAGCCAAGAAUGCUGUGCACUCUCCACUGGGCACCAACCCCCCUGAGGUUCCAUUAACAUGACCUCGACACCUGUGAGGUAGAGUGCUUUUUAAAUGCAGCUCUUCCGUCAGAGUGGGGCUGGGUGUGGAGCGGUCAGUGUUCCUCUGCUCCUACUCACUGUCCUUUCUGGGCUCUGUGUCUCACUGCAGCAUGGCUAGUGCCACUCACAGUAGUUCAUGCGACUCUUAGUAACACAACCUGAAGCACUCACGCCCCACAUUGGGUCCUCCUCCAGGACUCUGCACUGCCAAAACUGCCAAUGGCCAGUACUUAAUUUACAUCUUCCUUUUAUUCUGAUUAAAACACAGCUUUCUAUGGCCAAAUUUAAAUCUCCAUCUGGACAUUUUUUUUAAAGAAUGAAUUAAGGACCCCUUCGUAUUCUUGACACAGGCUAACACAGUGAGGCACCCUAGCCGCAUCGGUCUUUUGUUGGUGACCUUUUAUUAACUGUAGACACAUGGGGAUUCUGCUGUGCUCUUGGGCCACUGGCUGGUGACAUGGCAGUUUUUCUACUUUCUCUUAAUGUGUCUUAAGCAGGUCAAAGAUUGGAUGUUACUUGUGUGCUGUGGGUUAAAAGAACCUAACUCAGCCCCAACUGAACUCCAUGGGAGGCUGCAUCAUUACCUAGUUAUUGCUAGGGGUACAGAUGAACUCAGCUGGCUUCAGAAACAGGGAACAAAACCAGCCUGACUUGAUUCCUGAAUGAGUAGGCCUAAGAUACUGUCCUCUGCCACUUCUCUUUGCCACAGUGUGAUUUGGCUGGGCCUGUCCUUAGCCAGCAAGUAAGGUCCUUGUAGCUUGUGCCCACCAAGGUAGGGAACAGGACAAGACAGAAAUGGCCAGAUGGGAGCAGAUGGCCCAUGGGGAAGUCUGGGGUGAGGAAUACAGGGUACAUCCUAUCUUUGCCAGAUAGCCUGUUCAUGAUAUGUCUUAACAAAUGAAGAUCCUUUUCCCCAGUGCCAAGUCCCUUGGGCCCAUUAGAGGAAGGGUUUGUCCCUUUCCACAGCCCUACUUCAAAGCCUGUCACCUCCAUGGCCUGGUCCUGCUCUAAGCUAUUCUGAAGAACUGUAGUAAUUUUCUGGAAGUCUGAGAAUUACAAAAUGAACACAGGGAGGUAUCCCCAGAGCUCCAGACAGAAAAAGUGCUCAGUGAUUUGAAUCACCCCAUGCCAUCCAGCAGCUAUUUGUCUUUAUGUAAGUUAGCCUCUCAAAGCUGGUUUCCUUAUCCACACCUAAGAAUUUUAAUAGCAUCUUCGCAGGUUCUUGUGAGGACCAGCCGUGUCCCAAGUCUGGUGGGCAGUAGGCCUGGGGUUGUGAAAGCUCCUUACUAUAGGCAACAUCAAGCAGGUCACCUGGGGCUCCUCAUUAGUUCGGGUGGCAACAGAACCUCAGCAGGAGCCUCCUGAUGGACACGUGCUCCCCCUGGGGUCUGGGUUUGCCUGACUCCCUUCCUUUUCCUCUUGAGAUCUUCCCUAGUCACCUCCGUGAACCGUUGCCCAUAGUGCUCCCUGAAUGCCAUUCCUUAAGUUUUUGAAUAGUUCACAAAUCAUAGUCUUCCUUGCAUCCCUGAUCUGGCAAGCCCAACUUUAUCACCCUUCGAAUGCUUUUAGUUUGUUCCAUGUAGAUCCUUCCAGUGACCACUUGUGCAUAUACCAGUGAAUACACACAUGUGCUUGUGUGUACAUAAUUUUUUUUUUAACUCAUGUGGUACCAGACCAGUAUAUCCAAGGACCAUUCCUGUUAAUGGGCAAAGAGCCAUCCCAGAAGGCAGAGUAUCUAUAAAAAGUGAGCCCAUAACUGGGGGAUGUUUUUGCAAUCACAUUCCUUUUUGAAUAAGGCAUUACUUUUUAUUGAUUGCAGCAGAUACUGGAAUUCUAGUUUCCAUACAAAGCAGAAACAUCAAUCCCUCCCCGGCCCUUACCACACACAUGCUCGGAUAAUAUGUGAGCACAACCAGUUUCCAGACUGGCUUUCUGGUUUGUGACAGGACACUCAAGAGUAGGCUCUGCCCCAUUGCUGAGAGCAGCAGUGCAGGCCUCUGGUUCAGGUCCAGCAGCCUUUGCAGGAGCCUGAACAAGCUGCUCCCUGCCACCCCUGCCAAACCCUGAGGAGGUGAUGUCCAGCUCCAAUUGCCAUUUCUUAGGCGAGCUCCUGUGUUUUUGAGGCAGCAGUUUGAGAAACAGCAGCAACUGAAGCCUGACGCAACCUUCUGUUUGGGGGUAGGGGGGAAAGAUGUCUCAGAUGAUGCUAAGCAGGUAGGUGGAUGGUCUCCUCAAAAUUAACCAUAGAUCAACACAGUGUCCAUAUUUGAGGUCAUGGUUUUGCUACCUUUCCCUCCCCACUCUAUAUGCACAAAAGAAAAUGCUUCCCAUAGAAUUUUCUCCAUUUGACAAUAGAAAUGACUCCACCAGUCAUAUCUUCUUUCAAGGAAAAAAAAAAAAAAAGUCCGUUUUUGCCCCUGCAGGAGAUAAAGCUGCUUCCUCCAAGUAUUCCU